GCUAGUUUGGAAUUCUCUCGAUCACCACCACAGAUUCGCCAGCAGCCCAGGCCUUGUGACCAUGCGCCAGGAGUUCGAGAAGAGCAUCAACCACGACAAGCCGCAGCACCCGACCGUUAUCCACGUACCCUACGAUCCAAACAGCAUCGCCCCCUCGCAGCCCGUGGUGGUGAUCCUUCGGGGGAAGGUGAAGGACCAUCUAUUCAAGCUUGAGCUCCAUGCAAAGGUUGCUGGGACCUUACAAGAGCUGAAAGGCCUUGCGUUUGGUGGGCCCACGCUCGAAGAUCCGGACCUGUAUUAUCUGAUUUUUGGGGCCAGGACGAUUGAGGUCGGUGUCAGUCGCUCUCUCGAUAAUGGUGACGCUGAUAACUAUUGGCAGAAAUGCAACCUAGAUGAUACAGAUGCUAAGCUGAUGAGGUCGCUAGGCGUGUAUGUGGACGUUGAGCGCCGGCAUGCAUGGCUCAAACCUUUUGCUGAUAUUGAUCGAGCUAAAGACUGAAUGGUAAACGAUAAUAAUUAUGCCAGAUGCAGGACGGCGGAGCGAGAGUCUUUGGAGACCUCGUCACACAAGGGCCUGAGAGGA